CUGUCUGUGACAGCGUCAGCAGCAGCAGCCUCCGGUCGGUUCGUGCUGUUGACACUUGUCGUCGCCUUUGACUCACAGCUAACGUUAGCUCGGGUCGGGCCCGGUUGGGUUGGUGCGUCACUCACUCACUCACUUGUACAGUGAAUAUUAUGGCGGCCGCGGAUCCCCGGUCCUCAAGUGACGGCGGGCCGGCCAGCAGAGGCGGAUUUCCAGCCGGGGAAAGCAGCAACGAGCGCGACGGGCCGGGCGGCAGCAGCAGCGGCGGCGGCGGCGGUGGGGAGGGCGAACGGGAGCGGGACCGGGCCACCUUCGAAUGCAACAUUUGUUUGGACACUGCCAGGGACGCUGUCAUCAGUAUGUGCGGCCACUUGUUCUGCUGGCCCUGUCUGCAUCAAUGGUUGGAGACGCGGCCCAGCAGGCAGCAGUGUCCUGUGUGUAAAGCAGGCAUCAGCAGGGAGAAAGUCAUCCCGCUGUACGGCAGAGGGAGCUCCAGCCAAGAGGACCCCAGGUUGAAAACUCCACCUCGGCCUCAGGGACAGAGAACAGAGCCAGAGAGUCGAGGCGGGAUGUUUCAGGGUUUUGGGGACACUGGCUUUCACAUGUCUUUCGGCAUUGGGGCUUUCCCCUUUGGCUUCUUCACCACCGUCUUCAACGCCAACGACCCCUUUCACAGAGCAGACCAGUAUGCAGGUGAUCAACAAGGCAACACUAACCACAACAAUGGCAGUAACAACUGGCAAGACUCCCUCUUCCUGUUCGUGGCCAUUUUCUUCUUCUUUUGGCUGCUGAGCGUGUGAUGGAGACCGACGGAUAGACGAGUGGAUCGAUGAGUGCAAAAAAAAGGAAACUCUUACACACUUAAGCCACAGUCACACAACCAUUUUACAUUUUCUAGCAGGUACUAACUUGGGAGAGAGUGUGGCAUUGUGUUUGAACCCCAAACAAGAAAUACAGGAUAUAAUAAUAUGUUUGGCUUCCUCCUCCUGGCAAAGGCAGACUCACUUUAGGAUUCUUAACCAUUUGCUACGUUGAUUUUGUUUAUACAAAAACCACUGGAAAGUAGUGGUGCCUGAAUUCCCCCCAAAAAGGCAUGUUAGAACUCCCUCACUACAUGGAUCUGUAGAUAUCUGCACACAGAAAAAUAACUGUUGGGGUUCAGAGACAGUAUUAAGUAAUCAGGGUGAGCUAUGUUAAGGAUUUUUGUAUUUUUUGGGGGGGCAGAAAAGAGUGGGAGAAUUCAGGGCAGUGACUAAUCUGUUUCAGUUUUUCAUUUUGCUCUUAAAGGUUUAUUCCUUCAAUAAUAGAGCGAGGUGUGGAAAGUUCAAGCAGGGUUAAAAUGGGGAAGAGAGGGAGCAGUAUGAGAUAAUGUAGUGAUUGCUUUCUUACUUUAAAAGGCCAAAGAGUUGCGGACCAGUCAUGUACGAUGCCGGGGGAUGAAAAUUGUAAUUGAAUUAUGUUCCUGUUAACAAUUCCCUUGUGAAUUAAAAAAAGUACUUCUAGAA